AUGUCCGAGCCAGCAUCGCAAACCCCUGCAGACCCUUGGGGGGCGAGCGCAGAAGCCUCCAGCAGUGGUGUCUGGCCUCCUCAAGGUGAUCAAACUGACUGGGCUUUUGCAGCAGUCAGCGCCGCAGGUGAUGGUGCAUCUGACACAGACAGUGCCACAAGCUCGGAUCAUGAUGAGCCGCUUCCGGUUGAAGAUUUGCAAGGCCUUAGCACAGGCGAGGUAGAUGAGUACUUGUUUGGCCAGUACCAAGCUGCUAAGAAGAGGUGGCGAAGGUAUUCCGGUAAGCCAGUUCGUGCAUUGCGAAGAGUGAUUCGCAGAAAGGGAAAGGGCAAAGGCAAGCAGCGUAGCAGUUACCUGAACAUAGACUCGUUGCUUCAGCAGUCAGCAUAUUUCAAGGGCAAGGGCAAGGGUGGCACAGGUACCGGAAAGGGGUUUGGUCGUAAAGGCAAUCCUCGUGUCACCGCCUCGCCGCCAAUCAUUUCACGGUCGAUAGUUUCGACAGUCCACUCCUGGCGUUUCCCUGAUUUGAGUGUGUCUGCAGAACGAUCUCAGUCGUCACGAGCCGCCGCCCAAGAUCCCACAAUGUCUGAUGAUGAAGACGUGCCGGAUGCUGCAGCGGCUGAUGCUGAGAUAAGCAGCGCUUAUAUGCACCAAGCUGAGCCACUGGAUGCGCCGACCACACCGUCGCAACGGCCAGGUCUAGAUGAUGAUGAGGAUGCCGAUGUGUUCAUGUCUCCAAAUGCUUAUCCUUGGUGGCCUGUACCCUCACAUCAGAAAGCCACGCAUGCCGCGGUCGAGCCAGAGACCGCUUAUCACUCUAAUGUUCGACUGGCCGAUGGUCGCAUCGGCCUCCUCGUUGACCCGGGCUCUUAUGGAAACCUUGUAGGAGAACAGUGGCUUGAGCAAGCCGCUGCUCGCACAAGCAAGCCUGCUGCCCUCCAACACCGAGCACAACCGCUUCAAGUCGGUGGAGUUGGACAUGGAGCCCAGACCUGUGGCCAAGACUGUAAGUUGCCCAUCGCCAUGCGGCGUGAUGAUGGAUCCAUUGCCACAGGCUCGUUCACUUCUCCUGUAGUGCGUGGUAGUGCGUGCCCCGCGCUUCUGGGAUUGAGGACUCUAGCGCAGAACGGUGCAUUGCUUGACACUGGUCGAAAGCAACUGCACUUCCUACCGCAAGGAACUGAAGCUACGAUUGUGUUGCCCCCUGGUGCAGAAACCUUUCAGCUUGAGAGUGCCCUCAAGGGCGGCGAAGUUGUUGGCGAGCACCACCUCUUUGCUGACAACGAGCGCCCAACGGGGCAGCAACAUCAAGUUUCCCCACGGCCAUCAGCAGAGUCCUCGUGGCAUGUGAGCCACAGCCAGAGACUAGCAUUCGCCGAGGUAGAUAAGCAGUGCGUGGAAGUGCUUGCAUCUUUCACUUACGAUGCAGCUGCAGCAGUACUGAAGCGAAAUCAUGCUCUUCUCUGCAGCCGUGCAAUAGCGCCAGCACGUGAGCGCUUCCAGGCCUCAGGUAUGUCGCAAUGCUUUGGCGCAUACACUCAUGGUGGCAUGACUGGCAUAACGGAUGCUUCGAAGAUGUUUCCGAAUCUUUGCACCAUGCUGUGCCGCAUGAUUUCAACGACUGCCCCUGGUCGUGAGUUUUCAGCUGUGAUGCUGAUCUGUGAUGUUCAGUCGCCUGUGCAUAUUGACAGGUUCAAUCAAGGCGAAAACAUCCUCCUGCCGAUUACGGUGCCUCGUUCUGGAGGCAAUCUGUGGUUAGAGCUUGGCCCAGGUGACACUGUGUGCUCAGAGCCGGUGCUUCUCAAGGAUGAGGGCGUUCUUCGUGUGGGCCAUCACGUUGCUCUGAGCCCAGGCAUGCCGGUCUUCUUUAGUCCUAAGCGCCGCCAUGCCACCCAGCCGUGGUCUUCAGGUCCGCGAGUAGUGUUGGCUGCAUUUACGCCCAGCACUGUGUACAAGCUGGACCAGUCAAAACUUUCGGAGCUUGUUCAGCUUGGCUUUUCCCCUCCUGGAUUUGGGUCCUCAGAAAUUGCAUUGCAAGCUGAACAUCAGGUGCCAGAGGUUGGAUGCAGCCAGGCAGGUGUAGCAGAUGACUCGAGUGCCCGUGAUCAGACUUCGAUGUCUGAUAAUCAGCAACCUCAAGUUUCCCCGCCAUCAGCAGAGUCCUCUUUGGCAACUAGCACAUCAGCCAUGCCGGUCACCAGCCACAACAAGCAGGACUCAUGCACAUCAGCCAUGCCGGUCACCAGUCACAACAAGCAGGACUCAUCAGCCAAGCCAGGUGUAAAGUCGCAGAAUCGUGGAGCGAGCAGGUGUAGUCCAUUGCAGUUCGUGAAGCGUGUGCUGCUAGUGACCCUGUUCCACUCCACCGUUUCAGCCUUCCGUGAUGCAGGGUGGGAGCCGAUGAAGCUCAGGCCGUUGGAGCUGCUGCGUGAUGGGUUCGACGAUGCCUUAUACCGGUUGAAACAGUCUGAAUUCUCCAUGGUGUGGGUUGACCUGUCAGAUCCCCGGCAGUUCGCCGGUCAGGAGCGCACGCCUCAAGUGUGCAACCGACUGCAUGUCCUGCGCACUUGGGCCGAGCGCCAAUCAGUGCCCAUGUUCUUUGCCGCUGUCCGUCGUACCGUGUGGCAACAUGAAGCUUUUAAGCAACUUGUUCAAGGCCCUUUGCAUGUGAGUCAUCACCACUGGUGCAGAGCUAAUGCCAAGAUCUCGCCCGACACCGUUGCCAGUGCAGUUCGGCACAAGGUGCUGAGCACAGUGAAGCUUCCUUGUCAUGAAUGCAAGUGUCGUCCAGACAUUGAGCAUACCUUUGAUCUAGAUUCGUUGAAAGGGGAGGGAAGCGCCAAGGUGAGAGCCACUGCAGAGCACCAGGUGAUGAUGAUGUUAAUGCCCGCUCUGGACCAGCUCGUACAGCCUUCUUCUGGUGUGCGGCUUGACACAAGUUUUGCCCCGAGGCAACGCCUCGUCCUUCUGCGCCAGCGCGAGCAGGAAAUGCUCAAGCAAGGCCGUCCCUUGCAAGUCCGCAAGAAGAAGAAGACUGUGGAGCAGCACUUCGAUGAUUGCGGUGAGGAUCUCUCGAGCCUCAAGCUGCCUGUUCGAGAGUAUCUCACUCUCGAUGUUCCUGACUGUGAAGAUGAGGCAGCCGAGUUGGUGUAUCACUUAGUCUCCCAGCAGAUGAAUGCGUUUACUACGUGGGGAGCUGCAAGCUCUUCCUCUUCCACUUGCCCUGAUGCUUCACCGUGCACAGUGUAUGCCGUGGACUUAGACGAGAUGUUGUCAUUGCUGGCCAGUCCGGCCCAUGCAUCCUGGGGCGCUGAAGUGGUUGAGCUGUACGGCGGAAGUGGUCCCUCAGGCCAACUGUGUGUCCGUCGCAAGCUGCCUACAGGUCAGUGUUUAGAGUUAGUUGCCAGCGCCUGCUUCUCUGAUGCUGGCACGCAGGGCAAGUUUCUCAGUUAUCUGUCCCAUGCUCAGCCGCUCCUUGUCAUUCUGGCCCCAAAGAGCAGUGGUGGUACAACGUCCAGCUCAAACACCUACGUGUCAGCAGGCAGCCACCGUAGUGCUGUUCUCACUGGAGCUACUGCAUUGUCCCGCUUCACAGGUGAGGUUGCGCGACACCAAGCCCAAAGCAACCGCUUCUUUCUGUGUGAACAGCCCUAUCCUUCACGGCUGUAUCAGGUGGAGCCCUGGCCUGUCCUUAGGGCACGUGCUGAUUGCUAUCGUGUUGUUCUUGAUCAGUGCAUGUUGGGACCGCAGUCUGACGGCCAGCUGCUCAAGAAACCCACGGAGCUGGUGUCAAAUGCUGUGCAGAUCCUGCAGCCGUUUGCAAAUGUACGGUGCGACGCUGCUCAUGUGCAUGCACCAGCACAGUGUGACUCAUCCCGGUACUCCCAGCCGUGGCCAUAUGAGAUGCGCAGGCGUGUUGCCCCAAGCAUCGAGAAGCUGACCGAGGCAAUGCUUGUCCAAGGUCCUGAGUACUUCUCUUCCAGCUUAGUUGCGGAGACUUCCGCUGCUUAUCCCAGUGUAGGCUCAGGGCCGGGUGAUGAAGGGACAGUUGAGGUCCCUGAGGAAUGGCGAAAGUGUAAAGGGUGCCUUUGGCGUCUUGACAAGAACAAUCCUCUGCACAGCCGAGUCCGCGGCCAGUGCAAACAUCCAGAUGUGGAAUCCAUCGUGUUUGACUGCCCUGCUUGCCGCAAGAAUAAGACCAGAGCUGACCCAGGCAAACAGCACAUCAUCGUUGUUCUGGUUGAUAGGGGGGUACGUUGGACUGCCACUGCUCUUGCAUCAAACAAGCAGACCGACACUCUCCUAACAUGCAUCGACCAGAUGUGGCUCGCAAUUUUCGGGCCGAUGCAGGUGCUAGUUUGGGAUGGUGAGACAGGAUUAGAUGACGAAGAGUCAACCGCUUUCUGUCAGCUGAAAGGAAUCACUAAGCGUACUGCAGCACCGAAUCAGCAUGCCCGCAUUGCUGACCGGAAAAUAGCCGUCCUUCGUGAUACGCUUCACAAGCUUUCAUCACAGCUGGCUGAGGAAGGGUUGACCAUCCCUUUCACACGUAUGGUGUCUGAGGCGACCUUCGCCUUGAAUGCACUGACACCCGUCAAUGGUCAGUCACUGUAUGCUGCGGUGCUGGGCCGAGUACCAGCUUUGUUGCCUGGCGAGGAAAACAUCAUGCCUGACGACAUUCCAGGUCCGUGCUCCCAGCAUUCACAUAGGUUGCGUGAGGUGGCAGUUCAGGCUAUCGCCGAAGGGACAGCCAGAGAGCGCAUGCGACGUGCCAUGAAUUCUCAAACACGCCCCGCGGGCGUUGAGCAUGAAUUCAAGGUCGGGGAUGCAGUUGAUUACUGGCGUGAACCGCUUGGCAAGGACACCUCAGGGUGGCGUGGCCCGGCAACUGUGGCCGACCUCACUCGCCUUGAGCAUGGUCGUGUUGGCAUCCGAACCAGCACGGACCAAGUGCUGACUUGUCGAUUGCAGGACUUGAGACACAGCCUGUCGUUGUGGUCCGAAGAGCUGAGUGUGUUUUUCGGUGCCGUCGAUCACAUUGCACCUGCUGGCAGUCAAGCAAGCAAUGCCCAGAGCCUUGCACAGCAGUUCGUUGAUGCAAUGCGCCCAGGUGUUGUUCUGACCCUGGGCACCAUCAAAACCUCUGAAGGUGAAUGGAUCGAAACGCCCCAGACUCAAGCGCACCGUGUGAUCUGCCAAGCGUGGAGCAGGCAGCUGGAGUUUCUUCACAGCGACUCUUCCAAGCUCAGCUGGGUUGAUGUUUUAGGUGAGACAUCUGCAGCCUCAGAGCCUAGCGCAACAGCUGCUGCUGAUGGCAUCGCAGCAGACGACGUGCCAUGGUUAGUUGAGGCCUACGACCUCGCAUCGUUUGAUAUGCAUCCUGCAUGGUCGCAAGCACCGAUGCCAGAAAGCCUCGAACAUCUGAGUGAACAUGCAUUUGAGCAGGCUGCUGCCCAAUGCGAUUCAACGCCUGAUGGCUUCAGUGCUUUGGAUGCCGAUGAUGUCGGUGCCUAUGUGGCAUUAGAGAUUCACGGCAGUUCCUGGAAAUGCAUAGAAGGUGUGUCACAUGCCCCAGCAGCUGGAGAGCAUGUUGAACUUCGCUGCUACGAGUCACACACCAGGAAGGCAGUGAUUGAUCGGAAUGAUGACAUUCUGACCCAGAGUGAGAUUGCUCAGCAUGCUCAGGAGAUCACUCAGGCGGUGAUUGACGAGCUCAAGACAUGGCAGUCGUUCAAAUGCUUUGAGCGUCGACCCCGUGCCGGUGCCAAGUGCAUUAUAGACACGCGCUGGGUGUACAAGUGGAAGGUCAUAAAGGGUCAACGUAAGAUAAGAGCUAGGCUUUGUCUUAGGGGUUUCAAGGAGACUGGAGCCGAUGAUCAGUCCAACUACGCGGCAACAGGCACGAGACUGAGUCAGAGAAUUUUAGUCUCAGAGUGCGUGUUACGCGAUUGGGUUAUUGCUUCGUCGGACGUACCGAAGGCAUUCCUUCAAGGAGUGAGCUACAGCGAGCUCGCGACUGCUACAAGAAAGCCCGAGUGGGACGUAAACUUCGAGUUAGCAGGUGAGGGAUUGCGCUGUCUCCGACUACUGCCUGAGUUCAGUGACUUCUGCGCGCGAACGGAAGUGCUUCAUUGCUUGAAGCCUGGAACGGGAUGUCGAGACGCCCCUAAGUGCUUCAGUCUGAAGUUGAGAGAAGUAACCUCUUCUUAUGGGUUCGUCUGUUCCACUGUUGAUCCUGAACUGGAGCUCUUGUUCGUGAGAGGGGUGCUCACACUAGCCAUCGUGAAGCAUGUCGACGACCUUAAGAUGAUGGGUCAAAGAAAGGACAUUGAGAAGUUCGUGGCGCAUGUCGCUGCGACCUUUGGCAAGAUGGACAUUGACUGGAAAGAUUUUACAUUUUGCGGUAUUCGUCACUGCCAGGCAGAAGAUGGUAGCAUCAGUUUGGAUCAGAUAAAGUUCUUAGCAGCGUGCAAGCCGAUGUCCAUUCCGGCAGUGCUGGCAGGACCAGCCGAGGAGCCACUUUCUGAGUCCAAUCGGCGCCACUUCUUGAGCCUAUUGAUGACGAUCGCUUACAGUCUGCAGACAAGGCCAGACAUUGCAGUAUUUGUUACGGCAUUGCAGAGGGAAGCUCAUCAAGCCAAGAACAUACACGCCCGACGGCUGAACAUGCUGUUGAAGUGGAUCCAAGCCAAUCCGCGGAAGCUUGUGUAUCCCAGGCUUGAUUGCUAUCCUGACGCCUUGAUUCAGAUCUCUGAUCCAACCAGACCUGGACCGAAGAAGUUUUUGGAUCGCCUAGACAUGGCUCCCGUGCUGGGGACAGUGAACCAUUGCAAGAGGUUUGCUGGAUGCGUUUUCGAGCUCUUGCAGCACGAUCAUCCGCUUCGCAACAUGAAGCAUGUGGAGUUCUUUCUGAAGUUCGAGGGCCUCCAGACCUUCGAAAAGACUAUCAACCGGGUGCUGACACAGCCCGAACGGACCAGUGCAGAUGAGACAGCCAAGGCGGCGCGCAAAUAUCUGCAGGAGGAGGCAGCGGAUGUUGUGCGCACGGGCGCUACGACGCUUCUCUUGCAGCCCAAGUUCGAGUUGGUGAAGAGCAAGCUUGAAGGCGAGGAAGCAUGCUGCCUCGAGGACUUGAAGUUCGCGUACGAGAACCUUCCCGAGUUCGAGAAGGGCUUGCGCCGUGGACGGACUCCAGCUUUGCUGCACCUGUUCAUCAAGAGAUUGGUGGGCAAAGCUGAAAGCAUCUACGACGAGAAAGCUGCUGCGCCGCAGUUCGGCUUAACCUCCGAGGACGUGGACAGCCUGAUGACCAUGCUCGGGCAGUACAAGAAGGUGCCCCAGUGCUUCGAUGCCGCGAACCUCCUACACCGGUGGGCUACCGCUCACAAUGUUGCCCUUCACCAAGCAACGUUGCGCAAGACGUUGGAGUCGUGGUUGAAGGCCCGCCGAGAAGCCAAGCAAGGAGCUUUGCCGUCCUUGUUUGAGUUUGUGGAGGUGGAAGAGUUCAAGAACUUGGUUACGAAGGCGGACAGCCGCAGCAUUCAACACAACAUGAAGCCGAACGAGACGAGCGAGUUCGCUGUGCAGACGAGAGUUGCAAGCUUCCAUCUCAUGCGCGAUGCUGUGCAGGAG